AUGAUUCAACCCCAGACCCAUUUGAAUGUAGCGGACAACAGCGGGGCCCGAGAAUUGAUGUGUAUUCGAAUCAUAGGAACUAGUAAUCGCCGAUACGCUCAUAUUGGUGACGUUAUUGUUGCUGUGAUCAAAGAAGUAGUACCAAAUAUGCCUCUAGAAAGAUCAGAAGUAAUCAGAGCUGUAAUUGUACGUACCUGUAAAGAACUCAAACGUGACAACGGUAUGAUAAUACGAUAUGAUGACAAUGCUGCAGUUAUUAUUGAUCAAGAAGGAAACCCAAAAGGAACUCGAAUUUUUGGUGCGAUCGUCCGGGAAUUGAGACAGUUAAAUUUUACUAAAAUAGUUUCCUUAGCCCCUGAGGUAUUAUAA